CUUUUCGCCAGCCGCAAUGUCAGGUGAUGGGAUAUCUCCGCCAGAUACUCAGAUCUAAGAAGACUUCUGGACUUUACCGUCCAUUUCGUUGCAAUGUGUUUACAUAGGUGUUAUGCCUGUGGACUACAGCUUGGUGAAAUGGAGUUAACAUGGUUGAAUUGGUUGAACUGUGUCAGGUGGUUGAAUUCAGACGUCGAAGUAAUCACAGAUGUUAUACGCCAAGCUUCAAUUUACCAAGCGCCCUCAACCUCAUACUUGGACGGACAGCAAGUUAUUGAUGGCUCAUUUGUAUUUGGAAUUCAUACUGCAUGUUACACUAUCCUGGCCAUGGUCCUAAAAAGGGUCGGAUUGAACUGCAUAUCACCAAUCUUUUGUGAGCUGCUCCAUACAAUUCCAUUUUCUAAAUGGUUUGAGGCAGACAGCGCCGCAUUACACAUUGAGUUUGAUGGUCGUCGAAUACACUAUCUUCCCGAGAAGAUAGAUCCCAAAAGUACAGACGAGACGGAUUUCAUUUUUGCUGACCCUGUUGCAAUCUCCUGGGAGGAUAUUGAGCGAUGCACAACGAUAUAUCCAGAAACGAGCGGACCGAUUGUGACCAUGUUCCGGGAUUUAGAAUCAGACAUCUUUUCCAAAGUUCCCGAAGAAAUCAUCUGCUCAAUAUUCGAUAAUUUACCUACUAAAGAUGUACGAAAUUUGAGAAGCUUGAGUGCUGCUGCUGCACGAACUAGGCUCCCUACAAGAUUUUGGUCCACUCGUCUCCGGGAGGAUCUACCCUAUGUGAAACUGCUUAAAGGACAAAGCAACCUUGGGUAUGAAGCACAGUACAAACUUGUCAAGAAAACACUGAGAAAUGGGAUUGGAAAUACGGCAAAAUCAUUGAGGAAUCUUCGCAGAAUUGCAAAGCAAGCUGAUCAACUCUGCACAAUCAUUCGGUUGAGAGCUCCGAUGGCUCCAGGCAAGGGAACCUCUUUUAUCGAUUUCUGUUUCGAGCCCGAGACCGGCCCCAUAAACUUUUCCAUGCUUUCCGUUGGCCAUACACGCUAUAUCUCCGGGAUUCGAGUUUCUGACGGCUCUGACGGGUGUGGAUGGAACUAUCAAGGCUCUUUGCAGCGCCUUCCCGUACAUUUGAUUUCACCGCCAAUGGAACUAGUUCUUUCCAACACAGAAGGGGGUUAUGUCGGGAUUGGUUUCACGGAUGCUUCGGGGAAAGAGACAUUCAUUGGUCAACGGUCUGGACUCAAUAUAGGCAUAGGCAAAUGCUGCAUCAAAAGUGGUGAUAUAUUGCGUUUUGAUUUUGAUACCUUCAAGCUCGUAUCUGUCAAGCUUGGCCCGCCAGGAUCAUUAAGAACUCCAUUAACGUGGAUGCCGCAAUUACCGCCAACUUGCACACCAAUCUCAUUGAGCGAGCCUCACUCAUCUCUUCGCGGCGAAGAAUCAUACCAUGUGUGCCAUUUUGGUGGGCCGAACGGGUGCCAUUUAGAAACACUAAUCCAAAUAAAUGCAUUCUUUGUUGGUCCUGGCCUUUCGAUCACCGGAAUGGAAUUCAUCUAUACAAAAGAACAAGUGCAACAGUGGGGAACUUGUUACGGGACUCGACAAUGUAAGAUUAUCGACGGGCCUGGCGGUGAGCGAGUCCUUGGAAUAGGAGUUACAUCUACUCAAAUUGGUAUUGAGCAAAUCAGACUACGAACCAACGGGCAUCAAGAACUUGUAUUCAAAUGUCCUGAAAGCGAUUAUGCACUCCCUGCAAUAAGAUACAAGGGACUUAUUACGGGAGUCUAUGGCUUAUUCAGGAGUUUAAAUGACAGAUUUAUAGGCGUGAAGUUUCUAAAGGAGAUGGGGAUCCUAACAGAGUCUGGGCCUAUACCAUCGUUUGUGUCCAAAAAUUUGACCCCGUCCGAGCUUGAAGUCGCAAUUCCCACUGAUAUGCUGUCUACCGUAAAGAUCAAUUCAUGGGGAGCAUUUAUCUCAUCUGCCUCCCUGGAUGGAAUUGAAACUGUCGAGGUCGCUAUCAAUCGCCACAAGAGGUUAACGGGAAUGAAGCUCACCUAUGGCAAUUGCCAAUCUAGUGCAAUAUUGGCAGAUUUUCCAUCUAGAAACGGAUACACCGAGACAGUGUGCUUUUCAGCUUUCGAAUCCAUAAUGCAGAUGACAUGCCACUACCAAGUGAUGCAAGGACAGCCAUUCUGCCGCAAAAUUCUCAAAAGCUUACACAUUCGAACAAAUCAACGAGACAUUACACUCGGCCAGACUCACUGUGCCUGUGCCGGCACUGCCGCACAUAGUCAGACUCACAUUGUCGACGGGAAGCAUUGCCAGCCUAAUCAAGCCCGGAUACUGGGUUCAACAUAUUCUAGCAGCAUGCACAAGCGGAAGUUUGAUGAAAUAUUGACAGAUUUAUUGCCUACUACAAAGUCAAAGAUUAUUUGGAUAUACAAUGCAGAAUAUGAUGAAGUCUUUCAUACCAUUCAUACCGCUCAUACCGUUUAGAAGAACGUUUCCUCUUAAAUCCUUUUACUGUGUAUACAAGCUCUAGUUCAAUAUUUAAACCAUGUCAUACAUGCUCUGGACUAGGGUGUCGGUUGGGGCCGGUGGAAACUGGUGGUCUUUGGUCUUUUACACAGCCAAUCCAGACCAAGUGUGGAAUUUUGAAAGUAGGACCAGACCACCUUGGGUCGAUCUUUUGAACAUGUCUCCACCAGUCUAUGAUCACCACCAACAUUACAUUUUAGGAAGUACAUCAACAAUCAGUGAUGGGUUUAGUUGAAAAGACCAUCCACGCCCGGUCUGGAGUUUGGUCUUGGUCUUUACCUUAAAGACUGACCCAGACCAGACCAGACCAACGGACACCCUACUCUAGUUCAAUAUUUAAAUCAUGUAAUACAGUAAUAGUAAUACACACUCUGGACC